AGUAAGUAAUCAUGUCUGGAAGAGGAAAGACCGGAGGAAAGGCCAGAGCUAAGGCUAAGACCCGCUCCUCCCGUGCCGGGCUUCAGUUCCCCGUCGGCCGUGUCCACAGGCAUCUGAGGAAGGGUAACUACGCCCAUCGUGUCGGUGCCGGAGCCCCGGUGUACCUGGCCGCUGUGCUGGAGUACCUGACCGCUGAGAUCCUGGAGCUGGCUGGAAACGCCGCCCGGGACAACAAGAAGACCAGGAUCAUCCCCCGCCACCUGCAGCUCGCCGUCCGCAACGACGAGGAGCUCAACAAGCUGCUGGGAGGAGUGACCAUCGCUCAGGGAGGCGUGCUGCCCAACAUCCAGGCUGUGCUGCUGCCCAAGAAGACCGAGAAGGCCGCCAAGAAGUGAACACCCUGAACCCGCUUCAACCA